UGUUUCAAAUAUAAUGGGAGAUGGCUUGGCACGUGACUGGGAGCCGGCGACUCGGCCCGCGUGGAAUGACCAUUUCUACAUUCGCAUCUUAAAACCCCCGCAGUUCUCCAACCAUUCUCUCGCAUCGCCUCUCUCUCUCUCUCUCUCUCUAACGCUGGAAGCCUCGCUAUCUUCUCGACCAAUGGAUCGGGAUCAAGAACCAGAUGCCAAAGAUCAUGCGCCUCCGGCGGAGGUGGAGCCGGUGGAGGUCGCAGGCGAAGAGGGGAUUGACGGAGAGAAGAAUGAGUACCUGAAGGAGGAGGUGCAGGCCGUCUGUUGGCCCUCCCAUCUUCCGCUUCCAGAGGCCCCGGAUGGGCUUACCAAGGCGCGGUCCAUCGGGCCAGACGAGGAGCGCCACCCCAUCGACCGAUCCGUCUCCCUCAACUCCACUUUCGGAGCCGUCGACGUUGCUGCGCUAGCUAAGUUUAUCCGCGACAGGAGCAGCGUCUUCUCCGCCGCCAUCGCGAAGCGGGUCUCCUCCUUGAAGGAGUCGCCGCCGGUCGACGGCAACAGCGGCCCUGCUGCACUCGUCACCGAGUUUCAUCUCCCCGGCCUCAAGGUCGUAGUGCGGGUCAAAGGAGAGGACGAGCGGGCGGACGCAGAGGGUGAACCAAAAGGCUGUGAGAUCAAGGGCCGGGUCAGCUUCUUCUCCCGCUCCGGCUGCCGUGACUGCGGCGCCGUCCGGUCGUUCUUCCGCGAACGUGGCAUCCCUUAUGUGGAGAUCAACUUGGACGUGUUUCCGGAGCGGGAUCGGGAGCUCGUGGAGCGGACGGGGAGCGCCGCCGUGCCAGCGAUCUUCUUCAACGAGACGCUGCUUGGAGGACUAGUGGCGCUCAACUCGAUGCGGAAUAGCGGGGAGUUCGAUCGGCGUUUGCAGAAGAUGGCCGGCGGGCGGUGCCCGGAGACGGCGCCACGGGUUCCUGUUUACGGAUUCGACGACGAGGAGGAACUGGAGAGGGAGCGGCCUGACGCGAUGGUUGCGGCGGCGCGAAUUCUUCGGCAGCGCCUCCCGAUCCAGGACCGGAUCACCAGGAUGAAACUCGUCAAGAACUGCUUCACCGGCGCCGAUAUGGUCGAAGCCCUCAUCGGCCACCUUGACUGCGGCCGUAAGAAGGCGGUUGAGAUUGGUAAAGAGCUUGCCAGGAAGCACUUCAUACAUCAUGUAUUCCGGGAGAAUGACUUCGAGGAUGGGAAUAAUCAUUUCUACCGUUUCCUUGAGCAUGAACCAGCAAUUCCUAGAUGCUUCAACUUCCGGGGAUCAACAAAUGAUAAUGAACCCAAGCCAAUUCAAAUUGUUGGCCAAAAGCUUACUAAGCUAAUGCAAGCAAUACUUGAAGCAUAUGCAUCUGAUGACAGAUGCCAUUUGGACUAUGGUCGUAUAGGUGCCAGUGAGGAGUUUCGAAGAUAUGUUAAUCUAGUCCAAGAUCUGCAACGGAUUGAUAUUUUCAGCCUUUCAGCCGAUGAGAAGAUGGCUUUCUUCUUGAACUUGUAUAAUGCAAUGGUCAUCCAUGCAAUCAUCAGGAUUGGCCAACCAGGGAUGAUUGACAGGAGGGCCUUCUUUACUGACUUCCAGUAUAUAAUCGGAGGCUAUCCUUAUUCGCUUUCCUCUAUUAAGAAUGGUAUCCUCCGUUCAAACAGAAGGCAGCCUUACUCGUUAGUCAAGCCAUUCAGUGCUGGUGACAAGAGGCUAGAGUUGGCUCCUGCCAAGGUGAAUCCUUUGAUCCAUUUUGGCUUAUGCAAUGGAACCCAUUCAAGUCCGAGCGUAAGGUUCUUCUCUGCCCAAGGGGUUGAAGUUGAACUUCGAUAUGCUGCAAGGGAGUUCUUUGUUCAUGGUGGUGUGGAGGUGGAUCUUGAGAAGAGGGUUGUCCAUCUUAGCAGGAUCUUCAAAUGGUAUAGCUCAGACUUUGGACAAGAAAAAGAUAUCCUUGAGUGGAUAUUGAGCUACCUUGAUGCAAGCAAAGCUGGCCUUUUGACUCAUCUUCUGAACGAUGGAGGUCCUAUUAAAAUAUCCUACCAAAAUUUUGAUUGGUCCUUAAACUGUUGAUGGCUCCUGAUCAUACAUUGCCAAUUCCCCACCAGCUUGAUGUUUAAGAAGAAGAUGCUGAUAAUGAUUUAUCACUUGAAGUCUCGCCUCGACAAUGAUUGGUUGCUUCUGGUGUAUAUAUAAAUAAAAUAGGCACAUGAUUCAUGUUUCACCAUAAAGAGUUUGGCCAGUAUCAUUUCUUAGUAUUUUUAAUUUAACGGUGUAGGAUCAUGCAGCCCACUUGCUUCAUGCCUCUCAAGAAAGCUGCAGUAGAGCAUGUAAGAGUGCAGUAUGAUCUUUUAUACAAAUGUAGCUACAUAUCUUUUGUUACCUAGGUUUUUAUAUCUACCUUGUAUGUUGCCUCAGUUUGUUGAAUAAAAUGUGAUUUUUGUGG